AUGCUGCUCUCUUCUCUCUCGGCACUCUUCUCCAUAAUCAGCGUUACCAGUGCCGCCCUCACCUAUCGCGGGGCGGACAUCUCGUCGCUUCUGAUCGAAGAAAAUGACGGCGUCGCCUACAAGAACUUGAAUGGCGAGACCCAAGCGCUAGAAGCAAUCUUGGCGGAUAAUGGUGUGAACUCGAUCCGACAGAGGAUAUGGGUGAAUCCUAGUGAUGGGUCGUACGAUGUGGACUAUAACCUGAAGCUUGCGAAGAGAGUGCAAGCCGCGGGCAUGAGUUUGUAUUUGGAUUUACAUCUGAGUGACACAUGGGCGGAUCCGAGUGACCAGACUACCCCGUCUUCCUGGUCAACGACAGAUAUCGACACCCUAGCCUGGCAAGUAUACAACUACACCCUCGAAGUAUGCAACACCUUUGCCUCGAACGACAUCGCCGUCGAGAUCGUCUCCGUUGGAAACGAGAUCCGCAAUGGUCUCCUCUGGCCUCUCGGCAAAACCGACAACUUUGGCAACAUCGCCAACAUCCUCCACUCCGGGGCAUGGGGCGUCAAAGACUCCAGCCUCGCCUCAACGCCCAAGAUCAUGAUCCACCUUGACAACGGCUGGGACUGGGAUGCGCAGAAGUACUUCUACGACACCGUGCUGGCGGCCGGCUCGCUUGAGUCCUCGGACUUUGACCUCAUCGGGGUGUCUUAUUAUCCGUUUUACAAUGCAGACGCGACACUGUCCUCACUAAAGAGUAGUCUGUCGAAUCUCCAGUCGACCUAUGGGAAGGACGUGGUCGUUGUGGAGACGAAUUGGCCCGUAGAGUGCCCGAAUCCAGAGUAUGAAUUCCCAAGCGAUAUCUCGACCAUUCCGUUCUCAGCCGAGGGGCAGAAGACGUUCUUGAGUGAUGUGGCGGAGGUGCUUAAUGGGGUAACGGGCGGGCUAGGGUUGUACUACUGGGAGCCUGGCUGGGUGGACAAUGCGGGAUUGGGGUCGAGCUGCGACGAUGUUGUGAUGGUGGAUUGGGAGACGCAGACGGUGAGGGACAGUGUCUCUGUUUUUGGCAAUCUCUAG